AUGAUGCCGCCAGAGCAACCCGGCAAAACCCCAGCAGUGACUGUUCAGGAUGAAGAUGGCAUCGACUCCGUGCCUAUUUCAGGUCGGUCUUCAUUUUCCUUCAAUAACAUCACUCCAUCGACUCCGGCUACGGGCGCACAAACGCCAGACCCUCUGCUGGGCCACAAAGUCCUCGCGGACGAGGAUGCGCUCAAAACCCUCCCUCACAGGAUAUCUCAUCUAUCGGAUCAUCCAGAAGAGGAAUAUGAGCUCAGUGUUAGAGACGGCCGCCACUUGACGAAUCGAAAACCGUCCGUGUCUGUAUCCCGAAGCCCUGACGCGGCCGAUGAGUCGGCAUCGCCCCCGCCACCGCGGUCGCAAGGUGUUCCUCCUGAGCUUCGCAACUUCGCGGCGGAGCUCAUUAUGGUCUGUGUCUGUUCAGCUGGUCUGAUGUUGUUUUCUUUCCUUCUCGGGGACGUGCUUGCGCCCCAGGAGCAGUUUAGAAGAGCCCUGGGCAUCACGAAUACCGAACUGCCGUGGCUGGUCGGUUCGUUUAAUGUUGCCAACGGUAUCUCGGUUAUUGUGUCUGGAUCCCUGACAGACCUGACGCCUCCCAAGAGUCUCAUGGUCGGUGCCUUUGCCUGGCUUACUGUGUGGAACAUCGUGGGUGCCUUUUCCCUUCACCCGUCACGAUACGUGCUGUUCUUCAUCGUUCGGGCGAUGCAGGGACUCGCCAUUGGGGUUCUGGUCUCUGGGAGCAUGAGCAUCCUUGGCCGAGUUUACAAGCCGGGCAUUCGCAAGAAUCGCGUCUUUUCGGCCAUGGCAGCCUGUGCCCCAUUCGGUUUCUCCCUGGGAGCCAUUGAAGGGGGUGCACUUCAUGGACAUCUACCAUGGAUAUUUGGCACCAACGCCAUAAUCACCGGCAUUUGCUGCGUUGCGGCGUACUUUUCCAUCCCUACUCUGCGACCUGUUGCUGACGUUGCUGGAACUGAGGCGCCAUCCCUACGCCAGUUCGAUUAUCUCGGAGCUGCUUUUGCUAUGUCGGGGUGUGUCUGUCUGCUCUUCGGUCUCACACAGGGCUCCGUCACCUCGUGGUCACCUUAUACUUAUGUGCUUACCAUUAUCGGGAUCGUCUUACUUGUCGCUCUCUUUUUUGUGGAGCGCUAUGUCCCCCGCCCAUUAAUCCCCAGUCGUCUAUGGAAGACUAAAGGCUUCACGCCGCUGAUGGCGGCCUAUUUUCUGGGGUUCGGGUCGUUCUUCGGUGCAUGGCAGUUCUACGCCAUCCAGUUCUGGCUACAUAUCCAGCAUGCCUCGCCAUUAGCCGUGGCAUUGUAUCAUAUCCCCAAUGCUAUUGUGGGCGUCUUUGCAACAUGGCUCGUCAGCCGCACCCUCCAUCUAGUUCCGGGACACUAUAUCUACAUCAUAUCCAUGUUCGCAUUCACACUUGGACCGGCGUUUUUCCUCCCUCAGACAGCGAACACGGUAUACUGGGCUCUCUCCUUUCCGGGCGUUGCGUUGGUCACCUUUGGACCUGAUCUGGCAUUUGCAGCUGCCUCCAUCUUCAUCACGAGUAGUGUUGCGAGGUCCUACCAAGGAAGCGCAGGCAGUUUGCUGGUGACGAACCAAAAUCUAUCCUCUGCCAUUAUUACCAGUGUCGCUGACGCUAUUGGGACCCGGGUUGAUAAGACGCCCGAUGGACAGGUUGGACUGAAGGGUCUCCGGUCGAUCUGGUGGUUCGCGCUGGGCUGCCAACUGGUUGCAGCGUUGAUCACGGUUGUUUGGAUUAGGAUUCCCAAGGAGGAGGAGAAGGAGCAUGUUACCUAG